AUGCCAUCUAACUCCUUGUUAAACACUCUAAAUGGCUUCCUCUACAUGGGUCAAUCAGUCUCUGAUAUGGCUGAAUUCUGUCGCAAUUUAUCUAUUGCUAACUGCACUCAAUUUUCAUCGACACAAAUGACGAAUGAACACUCUUUUAUCACUAUUAACCAGCCUGGCUUACAUCUGAGCCAAUCUGGUUUUAUCAAUGUAACCUUGUUAAACACUGCUUUGAGAAUAUUGGUAGCACAAACAUCCAAUAUUUUAAUUCGUGAUAAAGAAACAUUUCUUGGUGCACGAAAAAUGCCUGACAGAUCACGUAUGCAUAUAACAACUGAUCGUGGUUCACUUACUGCUGACAAAAUUAUCUUUCUUCCCGGCGCUUUCACCAAGACCAUGAUGAGUACACUGGGAUUGAAUCUCAGCAUUAAUUUAUAUGAACUGCCAUCAGCUGUUAAUUUUCGUCGAUCAAAAUCAUCUUCGAAUUUAACAGUGUCGACUUGGAGUUACGUAUCAGCUGAUAGCGAUCACUACGCUGGUUUUCCACAGGAUCAUUCGAAUUAUUUACGUAUUGAACCCCGAAUAAAUCCAGCAACCAUGCAGACAGUCAACUCUCCUCUUGACCGAACAAACAAAUCCGAUCAGCAGAUACUCGACAAGAUGCUCACUUGGGUAGGUCAACAUUUAUCUCAAACAGUCGAUUUGAUCAAUCCCAUAAUGCCAACUGAUACUACGUUCGAUUCGAUGUUGUCCGAUAGAGGCUUUAUUCUCGACUACAUCCCUGGCUUCGAACAAAAGCUCGUGCUGGGAACUGAUAGCUGGUCAAGUAUCCAGUAUAUUCCCGCAUUUGCUGAGAUCCUAGCUCGACUUGUUCUCACCAAUGGAUCUUCAACCUGGUCCGAUGACUAUGCAUCAUUCAUGACAGAAUUUUCAGUUCACGUCAAUGGGCGCAUCAUUCUGCCGGAACCAUCAGUUACCCAACCACCAAACGGAGUGGCAAAUACUAAGGAUAAAACUGUUCUCAUUUUUUCUUUCCUUAUAUCCGUAUAUUUGUUGCUGCCUAUUUGUAUCUGA